UAGGGAGGGAGAUAUGCACAGAUAUACUCUUACAAUGUACCUGAUUUAAAUGUCAGACCUGGACUAUUCAAACAAUGAAUGCAUUUUCUAGUUAAAUGGAUUAAAGGGCUCAAUUUUUUGUAAGUAACUUUUGUUUUUUAAAUGCUACUAUAUUACCAUUAUGGAAGAAAUCAGAGAGAAGUGAAACGUGCAGGACCCUGUACAAUGGACUUUAUUUAGAACUUUGAUUUUUGAUGACGUGAGGAGUGCUGUCAGUCUUGCACCUUGCUAUCAAAACCAUCUCCCAGUGCAUCAGUGAGAGUCUUUUCAUUGACCUAAAUGUGGACUGGGUCAGGCCCUUCGUGACCUCUAAGUUAAUUCUCACACACUGCUGAGAAAUAAGGGGAGGUAUCAUGAAGAUAACUGAGGCAUAGAAUCAUAGGCACCAUGAAAGGAAAUCCUGAGGAAGGGUCUAACUUGGGAAGAAGUGGCUGAGAUGGCCUCUUCAGCUUUGAAGUGUCACCCCCAGUGCAGUGCUGGAUUUGAUGGGCUGGAUUUUCAUAUCCUUGUUCAGGAAGUGUUCCCAAACUGACAUGGAUCAAGCCAGACUUCAUUACCAGGCAAAAGAGGAGGGUGGGGACCCAAAGAGAUUAAAGAUUCCUGCCUUGUGCCAAAGCCUUAAAAGGGAGUGGAGCAGGAUAAGAAGAGUUGCCAGUAAUGAGAAAACCCCUGCUCACCCCCUAAGAUGUCUGCCGGAACUAACAAGGACUAUACCAGGGAAAGGACUGGGCCCAGACUAAGAGAGUCUAUAGUCUGUGAAAGAAGCUUAUUGGAACAUCUAAGGAUAAUCAACUGAUCAGGUAUACGUGAACAGCAUUACCAAGAAGACUCCCUCACAUAAAUGAAUCGUACAGCUGUCCUCUAAUCCUACUUUUCCCACUGGAGGAGUAGGUAAACAACAUGAAGCAAAACUUGGCAUCAUCAGUUAGAUUUAUUUUGCUGCUUUUUCUGAACAUAGAGUGUUUGAAUGAGCAGUCACCACCUGGAAAGCCUGAAGUUUUGAAAUGUCGUUCUCCAGAAAUGGAAACCUUUACUUGCUGGUGGAAGCCUGGCUCAGAUAGUGGACUUCCUACCAACUACACUCUGCUCUACAACAAGGAAGGAAAAGAACAAAUUUAUGAAUGUCCAGAUUACAGAACUGCAGGUCCCAAUACCUGUUACUUUGACAAAAAGCACACCAAUCUCUGGACAUCUUAUAACAUUUCUGUAAAGGCAACUAAUGAGGUGGGAAGUAACAUCUCUAACCCUCAUUAUGUGGACGUGACUUCCAUAGUUCAGCCAGAUCCUCCUGUGAACCUAUCUCUGCAAAUAAUACAAUCAGCUGGGAUAUUGUAUCUUUGGGCAAAGUGGUCUCCACCUCCAUUGGUUGAUGUCAGAUCUGGUUGGCUUAUACUUCAUUAUGAAUUACGACUAAAGUCUGAAGAAAGGGAAGAGUGGGAGACUAUUUUUGUUGGACAGCAAGCACAUUAUAAGGUGUUUAAAUUACAUCCUGGAUUGAAAUACAUUGUACAGGUUCACUGCAUGCUAGACCAUGGAAAAUGGAGUGAAUGGAGCUCAGAAAGUUACAUUCAGAUCCCCAGUGGGCAGCCCCCUGGAAGGCCUGAGCUACUGAGGUGUCGUUCUCCAGAAAAGGAAACUUUUACUUGCUGGUGGAAGCCCGGUUCAGAUGGAGGACUUCCUACCAACUACACUCUAUUCUACAGCAAGGAGGGAGACAAAUCAAUCUAUGAAUGUCCAGAUUACAGAACUGCAGGCCCCAAUUCCUGUUACUUUGAUAAAAAGCACACCUCACUUUGGGCAAUCUAUAAUAUCACCAUAAAGGCAACCAAUAAGAUGGGAAGUAACAUCUCUGAGCCUCAGUAUGUGGAUGUGACUUACAUAGUUCAGCCAGACCCUCCUGUGAACCUGUCUUUAGAAGUAAAAAAACAAGUAGAUGGAAAACCAUGUCUGUUGUUGAAAUGGUAUCCACCUCCACUGGCUGAUGUCAAAUCUGGGUGGCUUACUCUUGAAUAUAAGUUGCGACUAAAACCUGAAGAAGGGGACGAAUGGGAGACAAUUUUUGUUGGACAACAAACACAAUACAAGUUGUUUAGUUUAAAUCCAGGAAAGAAAUACAUUGCACAGGUACACUGCAAACCGGACCAUGGAGAAUGGAGUGAAUGGAGCUCAGAAAGUUAUAUUCAAAUCCCCAGUGACAUAGAGUUGAAGGAUGUGCUUGUCUGGAUCUUUGUGGCUGUAUUAUCAUCUGUUAUUUGCUUAAUCAUUAUCUGGACGGUGGCUUUGAAAGGCUUUAGUAUGGUAGCCUGCAUCUUACCACCAGUCCCAGGGCCCAAGAUAAAGGGACUUGAUACACAUCUGCUAGAGAUAGGGAAGUCUGACGAGUUUUUGAGCGCUCUGGGUUGCCAAGACUUCCCUCCAACAUCAGACUGUGAGGACCUACUGGUAGAAUUUCUGGAGGUAGAUGACAGUGAGGAUCAGCAACUGAUGCCAAGUCAUGAAAAAGGUCAUCCCAAUAAAAAUAUGAAGUCAACACACAAGGAAACAGACAGUGACUCAGGGAGAGGGAGCUGUGACAGCCCUUUCCUGCUCUCUGAGAGGAGCAGGGAGCCCAGAAUCCCUCCAUCAGCAUUGCAAACACCAGAUAUCAGUGAAAUUUCAGAAAAUAAUGCCAGAAAAAACAGCUGCAAAAUUCAGAGCACAGACUUAAAAGGGAAAAUACCCUAUUUUAGCAUUGGUGGUACAAAGUUAUCUGCGUGGCCUGAAGCUCAGCUACCUAACAACCAGACUCCUAAAUGCUCCUACCACAACAUUACGGAUGCUUGUAAGAUAGCCCUUGGCACCAUGAAUGGGACUGUUACAUCAGUUUUGGGGGGAAAUGAAGAAAAUCAACAGUCACAAUAUUCUAAACCCACUGAAACUAUCAGGGAGGAAAAGCUGGACAAGCAAGGAGAAGUGGAGAGCUUGCAUUCCAAAGCUGACCAAGACAGAAUGCAAUUGCUGCCCACUGAGAAAUCACCUUUUUUGUCUGCUAAACUAAUGGAUUAUGUAGAAAUUCACAAAGUCAACCAAGACGGGACGUUAGCUGUAUUACCGAAACAGAAAGAAGAUAGUGGCAAAACUGAAAACUGUACUGUCCCUGGAACCAGCAAGGAAUAUGCAAAGGUCUCAAGAGUUGUGGACAACAGCAUUCUAGUAAUAAUACCAGUUUCAAGAGUUCAGACCACACCUAUGUUUCAAGAACCUCCAAAGGAAUCUGUUCAGAACCUUCAACAAAGUCAAACAGAGAAAAAUAUGAGCUAUUGUUUUACAACUCCAAGUGAGUGCAAAAAAGACACUGGUGGAUUAGAUUACCUGGAUCCAACUUCCUUUAUGCACUCCUUUAAUUAACUGAAAGUUUGAUUAUCCUUCUUCAGGUAACACUACACAGUAAAUUAAAUGCAAUUAAAAUGGAAUGUUCUAGUAUGUGGAUUACAUAGAAUUACACUACUAAAGCUCAAUUGUAGCUCGCACCUUUCUAUGUUUUCUACUAGCUGAUUGUAGAACAAAUUAUUUCAUUUUCUAAUUGUGAUUUAUAGAUUUAUUUUUGUUAAUAGUUAUGUACAGUAAAACAAAAGUAUGUGACAUGGUUUCUUGGAAAACCCAUACAAACUGGGGUAUAAUUAAUAAAGAGAGAAAGGGGAUUUGUAGGUUGAUGUAAUAGAAUAAAUAAACCUCAGAUCAUUAAAAUAGUUUUCAAUUUAGGGAGAAAGGGCAAGGAAGUUGGAUGUUAUGUGCUAUGGAAAACUAGAAUGUAAACAAAUUAUUGAACUUUGCAUUUCUUCUGUUAUAUGAUGAAAACUAGCCAAAUAUUGCAGGUUCAACAAAGAUACAAAAUUUGAGGAGAUUGGUCAGUACACCAUGAUUAAGGCUAAGAUUUUGUCAUGGAUAUUUUUAAUAAAAGUCAUGGACAGGUCCUGGACAAUA